AUGAUUAAUGCCUAUCGACUUUGUCAGGAAGCAGGUUAUAUCAAUAAAGUAAACAAAAACUAUGGACAGUCAAAACAUUUUUUUGAUUAUUCGCAUAAAAUAGCUAAAAAAUCGAUUGAAUUGGCAAAGGAUGAUCCAAACAAACUAAACUCUAUAUUACUGUCUUGUUUACAGUAUCCAAAACAAUUAUUGUCAGACAACUUUAUAGACCAUAUAAUUUCAAAACUGACAAACAUUAAAAAUGGCUUUGUGCAAUUAAGUAUAGGCAAAUAUUAUCUAAACCGUGAAAAAGAUUAUGAAAAAGCUAAGACUUAUUUCUCUCGUGGAAAGGUUUAUGGUAAUUUCAAUAGCUCAUUGCAGUUAAUAAAAGUAGAAUGCCUGUUACAAUCUGUCCAUGAAUUUCCUUAUGUUCGGACGUUAAAUGAGAUGUACAAUGAUUUUCAAGACCCCAAAAGAAGGGUUAAUAUUUUAAUUCAUAUAUUGAUUUAUUACAAUUUCUGUGAAAAUAAUCCAAAAGAAAUGAUGCGCUACCUAAAAUUAUACAUUGAUCAAGAUAUCGAAGAUGCUUCUAAAAAACGUCACCUAAUAUAUGCUCGUUCAUUGUUAAAUCUAGGCAGAUUCUUAGAACCAAAUGAUUUUCUGAAUGUUUUAUCUGCGAAUGUCAAAGAAUUAAUAAACAAUACGUGGGAUGAAGAAGAAAAAAAGAUGAUUGAAAACACAUUUGAUCGGCUCAAUAAAAUAUUACUAUUGAAUAUUCAAAACAAUAAUUUUGAUGAUGAUAAUAACUUAUAA